UGUUUGGAGUCUAGUUUCUACUUAACGACAGUAAAUAUUGCAACAUUAUUUUUACCGUAGCGAUAAAAGGCUGGGCCAGUUGAGCCGUAGAUAUAUCCGUUUGAAAUUUGAAUUCUCAGAUAGUUCUCUCGGGACGAAGAAGAUAGAGUCAUCGGAGAUGGAGUUCACGGCCAACUCACUGGACGGCUCCGUCAUCUUCCACGCCAUUAACGAAAUCUCAAGUUUCCUACUCUUCAUGCACCAGCAAAUCCCCGCUGUCUUACAGGACAUCACCGCGGAAUUCGAUUCCCGCUGCGACGAGUACAAGGCCUUGGAAUCGGCUCUGAGAGAAGACCAGGUGAUGCCGGCGCUGCGGAGAAAGCACGCCGGCGAAAUGAGGGAAGCCAAGCGAGGGGUUCGAAGGUUCCAGAAGCUGAUGCACGGCGUUUCGAAUUUCCAAACGGCGCUGAAGACGGUCAUCAGCGGAACUCCUCGGUUCCGAACAGCGCUUCUGAUUCUCGGAGGGAAUCCAAUGCGACCUCAACACGUGUACGAAUUGAGCUUCUCCGGAAAUGUCAGUGGCAAAGAAUUGGAUUUUGCGAAAAGCAGAGCGGCGGAAGUGCUUUGUAGAAAAGCGAUUCGGGGGUUGGUCUCGGAGAAUGUUGGGUCUGUUUCGUAUCCGGGUCCUUGGAAGCUGUUCCUGUUGGUUAAAGCUCCCUCUUCUUUCAAUCAGCCUCUGCAUUUUCUUCCCAAGCGAGGUUUUAAAUACAGCAACAAGAUUGUGCCUAUGAGGCUAAGCUUCAAAUGCAAAAACCAGAACCAGAACAUUGAUCAGUUUUCGCAAACGGGCAGCUCUGAUGGGUUGGUUCAGUCUGCUCCGGAUGGGGAUGAUUUUAUAUGGUUUCAAUGUCGACAUGUAAUCAAGGGAAUAGCAUUUAACACAGUACCUGAAGGAGAAUAGCUCGACAUGUUUCAUGGUUGGGACUGUAAACAGGCUUUACUUGUAACAUUUUAUCUGUAUCCGUAGGAACUUUGUUCUAUAAAACAUCUAGUAACAAUUUUGACUCUCUUUAUAGUUCCCUUAGUUGAAAUAUUCUGGACUUGCGUUAUAUCUGGCUAUUUUGUUUAUUGCUCUCUCAAUUACCAAAACCUUAC